UAUAAACACAUAAGAAGUGCAAAGAAGUUGAUUUUUGUUUUACAAUUAACUGUUAAUACGAACACAAUAUACUCGUUAAAAAGGUGAAAUAAAACUUUUGUAAAGCAAGAUGGCGGCGCCCGGUGAGUUCAAAAAAGGACCAGAACUUAGAGGGAACGUCUGUUGAUGAUGAUCAUUAAGUGAAAUCUUUGAGUUAGCCUAAAUUCAUGUCUGACCAGAGCAGAAGUCACCAAUGCGGGAAGCUAUUAACAGCACAAACAUCUUUGACAGUGUGCUAAUAUAGAUACAGUAUAUGCCACUAAAUGAUGUUGAAGCCUCUGUCAUCACCCUGAACAAUGUCUACUAUAACGCCAAAGAAAUGUGCCAUUCGGGUCAACCCACCCACCCUUGUCCUGACCUACACAGACAAGGCCACAGGCAAAGAUCGGCAGCGUUCCAUGCCCCUGCGAAACUUCACCAAGCGCUCUGGAGUGGAGCGUUUUGUCAAGGAACUCAAGUCCAACCCCCGCCAUAAGAAGUACCUGGAGAAUGUCAGUGCCCUUCAGAUGGAGAAACUGCUGAGAAUCAUCAAGGAGCGUCUGUCGGGACUCAGCAUGGAGGAGUCGCUGGUGAAAGUCGAAAAGGAACUGGCUGUCGACCCGGAGGAGGACCUGAACAAGGUGGACGAUGACACCUUGAAGAAAAAAAAGAGCAUCAUGGAUGAAACGUUUGAGAAGAAUAGAAAGAAACCAGGGGAAGAUGGCUUCAAGUACGAUGUAGACGUGGACUUUGGGGGUGGUAUUGAAUCCUCCGGCUGGGACUCCGGCGAUGACUCAGAUCCCAUUUUUUGAUAUGUCCAUUGACUAAGUCUUCCAUCAGUGUUGUAAUCAAGACCUCAUAACGCCACUACAAGACCCAACAAGAUCUCCAGUCUGAAUCAAGUCACAGGCUACAUGUAAUCAAAUGAACUGCAACAGAAGUGUUCCUUUGUCAUUAUUCCCCGUUACUGGUCAUCUUCGGAAUCCUCCAAAAUGCAUUACAAUCAAAGGAGUAAAGUACACAAUUGAAUGAAAGUUUUGGGCCAGUAUCUAAAUUUUUGCUUGCAUAACAAAAGUCAUACUUAAAAACUCUACUCAACCUCAAAAACACUGGUCUUUCUACAGUACUUUUUACAUUGUGGGUGCCUGAAGGUUGUGUAGGAAACUUUUCCUUGUGCUUUGAGAACUGCUCAAAUCCAUCCCACAUGGUGGCAUGAUGGUGCACCUUUCCAGCUGUCUUCUAUGCUGUAGUUUUCAUGUGGUGAUUUUGAAAACAUGAGUUUACUGAAUGUACACAAAAAAUAGUUCUUUUCCAUUUUACUCCAACCCUCAGUUGUGUAAUGGUUCCGGCCAGUUAUUUUGCUGUUGCUUUUACUAAUGACCAUUGUUUUUAGAGGAUUUGCAAGAUACAUUUAUUUGGAGUUUUUAAUAUUUCGCUUCUCUGUUUUAACUUUAUAUUUGUACAUUUUAACAUCAGAGAAUACACAACCUCUUGUGACUAACGGUGGUUAGAAUUGCCCAAAUGUUGCUAUUUGCUCUACUUUUUGCUUAUUGGACAUGUUAAUUUUUCAGGCACAGCAGAAUAUUAAUCUGCAGAAAAGUUGGUUGUAAAUAAUAUACAGCAAGUUCAUGUUUCCUCAUCCAGUGCAGAAAUAUUUGAAAGGCCUAGUAAUUUUUUUCUUGAGCCACUGACUUCCUCUAUUGUCUGUCCAUUCAGGAUUUUUUUUAGCCCUGCAGCCCUGCUUUAUAGUUGUGAUUUAUUACAAAUUCAAGAAAUGCAAUGCAAUAAAAUGUAUUAUUUUUAGGCAACUUUA